UUGCGUUAUAGAACAUGGCUGAUUCCUCAUCAGUCGAGAAACAAGAUCAUAAGAGAUGAGUUCCCCCCCGUCGUCUUCUGCCGUGCCCCCGCCACCGGCCCCCGUCACUCUAGAGCCCGUGAAGGAGCUACCCAAGGCGCGUCAGAUCGUGAGUAUCAAUGACGAAGGCACCAAUUUCACGCUGGACGAGGAGGCGCUGCGCGUCAUCUUCCACCAGGUGCCUGAGGACAUGAAAGUAGCCAUCUUCUCAGUCGUGGGUGCCUUCCGCACGGGCAAGAGCUUCGUACUAGAUUUAUUCCUUCGCUACUUGCGUCACGCCAGUCACGGCCGCAUGCUCAAGCCUGACGGCGCACAGGACGAGAGUACGGAGGUCUGGAAGGCCUGGGUCAUGGAAGGCGUGACCGGUAGCGGCGAAGGGAAGCUCGAGGGCAAUUCCAACAUUGAACAGACGUAUGGAGAGAAGGGAUUUAGCUGGAGAGCAGGCCGCAAACGCAACACGACGGGCAUCUGGAUGUGGGAGAAGCCAUUUAUCCGCAAAAGCCAGACGGGCGAGGACAUUGCCGUGUUCUUGAUUGAUACCCAAGGAAUGUUCGACUCCGAGACGUCUCAGAUGCUCACGGCGAGUAUCUUUGGUCUCAGUACGUUGCUGAGCUCGUACCAGAUCUACAAUGUGGACAAGAGAGUCCAGGAGGACAACCUGCAGCACCUUGCUCUAUUUACGGAAUAUGGACGGAUGGCGUUGUUUGGAGACACCAAGUCGGCGUCAUCACUAAGUGACAAGCAGCAGGCGUUGCAACGUGCUGCGUCGCUAUCAGACCGCAGUGUGGAGAAAUCUACGUCCAGUGUUAGUGACAACGGCGAGGAGAAGAAAGAAGAGAACGACGAUAAAGAAGGCGACGAUGUCCCCAAGCGACCACGUCCGUUCCAACGUCUUGACUUCUUGGUACGAGAUUGGCAGGAUUUCUCUCGAAACCAGAGUUUGGCCGAGAAGCGAGAAGAUAUGGAACAGUACAUGGUCGAGCUGCUGUCGUCCCGUAAACAAAAAGAUUUGGCUGACACCCGUGAACAGAUCAGCUCGUGCUUUGAAAAAGUGGCGUGCUUCUUACUGCCUCACCCUGGCCACGCAGUGACAGAGCGUGAGUACGAUGGGUCCGUUGAAGCCAUCGACAACCGCUUCUUGGAGCUGCUGACUGCGUAUCUGGACGACCUGUUCGACCCUGCUAAUUUGUUCCCCAAGAAGAUCCACGGCGUCGCUGUGACCUCCCGCGAGUUAUUCACGUACAUUAAGACGUACGCUGGACUAUUCCGUGAAGCCUCUAUCUUCCCGGAGGCCAAGACGCUGCUGGAAGCCACGGCUGAAGCUAACAAUGUCAACCAGCGAGACAAGGCUCUGCUCAUGUACAAGCGUGAGAUGGAGAAGAUCGCAGGCUCCAAGUGUCAGUAUGUGCCCGUACAGGAGCUGGAAGCGCACCAUAAGGCCUGCUUGCAAGGGGCCAUGGACGUGUUCGAUGAUGGCGCUCGUAUGGGUCGACGCAGUGAGAUCAUGCGCUAUCGUCAGGAAGUUGCGGAUCAGAUUGAGAAGGAACGUCACCGUUAUCUGGAGAUCAAUGCCGAGCGUGACCCAUACAAGAACCUGGAGUUCUACCUGAUCCCGGGGUGUCUGGCACUGGCGUUGCUGAUGUUCCGCGUUUCGCAAGACUUGUUCUGCUACGAGAGCAUCGGAUACGAUAUCCCGCUCUACGACUGCAAACACGUGAGCCACACAUUAUCGCACUUGUACUGGGCGCUGAUCGUGUUCAUGCUGCUGAUCAUGAUGUCCACUGGACAAGUGAUGUUCAAGCGCGUCAAGACUGUGGUUUCCAUCAUCAAGACUGCCAUCGACGCCUCCAAGGAGGACGGCAAGGAGAAGAAGGACUAGGCUGUAAUAGGUUGCCACUGAAAAGCACCGCAGCAACGAGAUAGGGACAGUUACUGGCGUGUAUUCUGAGGUGUUGGUUGCAUCGCCUCGCAUGCGUAGUGUUCAUAGAUUGACUACCCAUUUAUUGUGUUGGGGUUUGUUUAUCGCUGUCUGUAAGGAAGUUUACAGACAUGAUUAAUGUCAGACUGACGGAAUUAACGGCGCUAGCAGGAACGUUCUCAGUUGUUGGCAUAAAGAACACUGAUCGUGCAGCGAAAAUAUCAAUAGGGUGUUUCUUCAAGUACAGAUACUUCAACAUUACAGCAUGAUUGUUUUAGUAUGUGCCACCAAUCUCGUUGACCCAGUGCA